AAAAUACAAACAUGGCUACACAUAUUCGACAAGUAUUUGCUAAUAAAGCGGCUCAAAACUUACCUGUCUUGGUUACCUUUCUUACAGCAGGGUUUCCUCAUCCGAAAUAUACUGUUCCAUUAUUAUUGGCUUUAGAAGCAGGUGGUGCUGAUAUUUUGGAACUUGGAAUUCCUUUUAGUGAUCCAUUAGCAGAUGGAGUAGUAAUUCAAGAAAGUAACAAUAUCGCACUUAGUCACAAUGUGAACUAUACUACAUGUUUGGGUUAUGUUAAGGAAGCAAGAAAACAAGGACUCAAGGCACCUGUCAUCCUCAUGGGUUACUAUAAUCCUCUUAUGUCAUACGGUGAACAACUGGCUGUUUCAGAAGCCAAAGAAGCUGGAGCAAACGGAUUUAUCGUGGUCGAUUUACCUCCGGAAGAAGCCAUCAAAUUCAGGAAGAUCUGUACUUCUUCAGGGCUUAGUUAUGUACCUCUCAUCGCUCCUUCGACUUCAGAUUCUCGUAUCACUUUUCUCACUUCGAUAGCCGAUUCGUUCGUCUAUGUUGUCUCGAAAAUGGGUACAACAGGAGCAUCAAAUGCAGUCGAAUCUUCACUACCUCAACUCGUUUCUCGAAUCAGAUCUCUAGCCACCGCUUCAGCUGAAGGACCUGUACCUCUAGCUGUAGGCUUUGGUGUUUCGACUCCAGCCCAUUUUGAUGAAGUAGGAGCUGUAGCAAAUGGAGUAGUGAUCGGUUCCAAACUCUUAACGUUUCUGAAAGAACAAGAAGGAGAUCAAGUGAUCAAUGCAGCCACAUCGUUCUGUGAAGAGAUCUGUGGAGGAAAAUCAGGUCGAAAACGAAUGGAAUCCACUUCAACUGUACCCACCACCAAUGGAAACCAAACGAGUAAUGGAACUACAACCACACAUUCAGAUACUCAAAACUCUUCGGAUUAUCGGUUUGGAGAAUUCGGUGGACAAUACGUUCCAGAAUCAUUAGUGGAUUGUUUAGUUGAACUUGAAGCAUGUCAUAAAGCAGCUAAAGCAGAUCCAAGUUUUCAAGCCGAAUUUCAAAGUUACUAUGGUUAUAUGAAUCGACCAUCAGGUUUAUACUAUGCCAAAAGAUUAACUGAAAAGAUUGGAGGUGCUAAGAUCUGGUUUAAACGUGAAGAUUUAAAUCAUACUGGAUCACAUAAGAUUAAUAAUGCAGUAGGUCAAGCUCUUUUGGCUAUGAGACUUGGUAAGAAACGAAUUAUUGCAGAAACGGGUGCGGGUCAACAUGGGGUUGCAACUGCCACUGUUUGUGCUAAAUUCGGAUUAGAAUGUGUGGUUUAUAUGGGAGCAGAAGAUGCUAGACGUCAGGCUUUGAAUGUUUUUAGGAUGAAGAUGUUAGGUGCUAAAGUGGUAGCGGUAACAAGUGGAAGUCAAACACUGAAAGAUGCAAUCAGUUGA